AUGUCACAAGAAUUAAAACGCCAACAAAUAAACGCUUUACUACAGCAAAAUCCCUCUACAGUCACCGUUGUGGAUGGACAAAUAUACGAGAUACCACUGCAAGCACAAGAGAACACCUUUCUGCUCGUCAAUCUGCCUGCCCAUUUUCCCGAAGAACCACCUGUUAUUACAUUAUCACCUACAGGCAUGCGACAUCCUUGGAUAGAGGGCGAUGUGAUCAUGCACGAUGCAUUACCAAGCUGGACCCAGCAAUCGAAUUUAGGUGUGCUAGUCAAAGAUAUCCGUGAAGAGUUCACAAAACGACCUCCUGCCAAGAAAAAUGAGCAAAAAGAAGAUGGCUACAGCGCUCGUCCACCACCACCUAUUCCUUCUGCCUCAACUUCAUCUAGUUUACCCAUGAAUCCAGAAUACAGUGCCAUUUCAAAGCUGAGUCCUGAGCAGAUGGAAGAGUUACUCUCGAAUGAAACUGCAUUUGAUAUCUUUUUCCAUUCUUUGGAGAGGGUCAAAAACCUGCGCACAUUUCAAGAAGAGUUGUUGAGUGGCAAUGAACAACUGGCCCAUAAAAACUUGAGCAAAGAGGAUCAAUUACUGAAAUUACGAAGCGAAGUGGAGAAUUUGCAUGGGCAAUUCAAGGUGGACAAGCUGGGAUUUGAGCAAAAGGAGAAGUUACAAAACGAGGCAUACAAUAGAUUCUCUUCAUCCACCGUCUUGACUCGACUUAAAGCCAGCAUCUAUGAAUCCGACGAGCUAUCAGAAUCCGUCGCUCAGAGCUUUUUGGACGGUAAUCUGGAUAACGAUGGUUUUGUAAAGCAGUUUAGAGAAUUCCGCAAAGUGUAUCAUUUGAGAGCUAGCAAAUUGGAAAGAGCCCAGAAAGACAACCUUUUUGUUCCUUAUUAG